AUGGCUACGAGUAUUCACGAACUGACCUAUCAGGUGUGGAGAGUUGUGCCUCGGAAUGAAGAACAUCUGCAUUUCCUCGUUGAUCUGGAGAGACGAACAGAAGGCGUGUACGAUUUCUGGAAGGAACCGGUGGGAGUCGGAUAUUCCGUUGACAUCAUGAUUCCUAUGCGCCAUCUAUCUGUCGCUAAACAUGACCUGCUGGCGGGCGGCCUAUCUUAUGACGUCAUGAUCGACGAUGUCGGACAACUAGAUUGGAAAGUGAAUGCUGAGAAUGUGAAAGCAAAGGCGGGAAAAGUCUUCGACCUUUACAGCUACAACUCACACCGUGUGGGGGCCGGUGGUAGCGACGACUGGGCGAAGGGAGUCGCGGGAGUGAAGUAUUCCUACACGAUUGAGCUGAGGGACAAGGGUAGAUACGGAUUCAUCGCUCCUCCAUCCGAGAUCAAGCCGUGUGGAGAAGAGACUUUCGAAGCUUUCAAGGUCGUUGCUAGGGAUACGAUGAACGGAAUCUUGUAA